UAUUUUUUACAAUUCUUGGUUCAAUUAAUUCAUUAUUACAAAAUAGAAUAGUUGGACAAUUGAAUAGAAAAUUAUCAAGAAUUGUAACAAUUUGUCGACUAAUUAAUGAAAAAUCUAACGAUCAAAUUGUUAUGUCGAAAAGAUUACUUGAAAAAAUUGAUAAAAUUUAUUAUCGACAUAGUCUGGCUUGUAAUAUUAAUAUUUUUUCCUAUAAUGUAUUAUGGGGAAAUGCAUUACUUUGUUAUUUACUUAUUAGUAUUCCGUUUAAUGUGAUCUGUGUUUCGGCAUUAUUAGUAAAAGAUUUAAAUUGGUUACAUAUAAUUAUGACACAAACAGCUAUUGUUCUACAUUCAAUCAUUACAUUGGGAUUAUUAUUUCGUUUAGCUAAAUUGACUAAAGUAUUGAAUGAAGCAAAAUAUUAUCUAAUACCAAUUAUACAAUCGAUUAAUUGUAUAAAAAUUCAAAAUGAUCAACAACAAAAAAUUGAUUUUUAUGCAUUGAAAUCAAAAUUAAAGAUUGAGGAUAAAUUUCAACGUUUAACAUGGGGACCAAAAUAUGGUCCAUUUGUAAGCAUUUUAGGAUCCAUUACAAAUGCACUUAUAUUCAAUCUUGCAUUAACAUAUGUUGCUGUAUUCAUCUUCAUUUUAACACAUUAUGUUUGA